AUGAUAACCAUAUUUAUUUCCGGUGGUGUUUUCAACAUAGCCAUCAAUGCCGGGCCGUGGAUAUGGAAACUUGCUUUUACCAAAUCCAGCAACAUCCUUCUGCGCAUUUUACCCGACAUACCUUUCACCUUUAUCAAUAUUCGCUGUCUAUUUGUAUUAUUCGUCUACUGGAAAUAUGCAGAUUACUGGAGUUAUGCGAAGCGCUGUGCAGAGGAAAUGGUACUUCACUGCUCCAACCAUAAUAAUUUGCAACAAAAUCUCAAAAAUCUACGGUGUGUCUCGAUAGUAUUAGGCGUCAGCGCGUUUGCUCUUGUGACAAUUUUUGAAACCUUGGAUUUACUGCAUUUUGCUCAGCAAGAUCCUCGACGACUGAAUGCCACUUUUGACAACCCACUAGAACCGUUCCCGCUACGAAUUACGGUGUGGUUAAAUGAAUUUCUAUGGAUUAUUUUUUGCGCGCUUCCCUUUGCUUUAUCGCAACAGGUUUAUAUCUCUUUAAUUUUACUUGCACUUCUACUGCGACUUUCACUUACCGAUGUUAACAAAAACUUGAAAGAUAUCAACGCCAGUUUAGGCAUAGUACCGGAACUUGGGUCACGGCGACAGAGCGAUGACCUUUAUGAACAUACGACCUUGUUUAACCAACUGACAUCCCUGAAGACGCGAUAUUUGAGUAGUCUAAAGUUAUGUCAUGGUUUGAAUGAAGCGUAUGGGAGUAUCAUAUUCGUCAUAUAUGGAAUGGACUUGUUUACCAUCUGUGGAUUCAUUUCCGCCACGGUGGCCGAUGGAGAAGGAUUUCUUUUGGCAUACGUACUGAACUUCUUCACCAUCGCUAUAUUUGCGGCGUACAUUGGCCUUAUGAUUCCCAUGGUAAAGGUUUACGAAGAAAGUGUUGCGAUUAAUUUUCUACUGCACGAAAUUAUGGAUAAAUGUCAGGUUCAACAGGUAAAUCGUACGUGA